UUCCGUUAGAAUUUUGUUUUUGGGUUUUUUCAAAAACACGCCUGUGGCCAAACAUCGCAAAGAUUUUUAAUUCUUUUUUCAUACAAAACGAAAAUCCAAUAUGUCCACCACCAUAACAUACAGUUUGGGAUUAGAAGAGUUACACUCCAGAGAACAGCGAUUAUGGAAGUCAACAAUAGGCGAGUUUAUUGGAAAUUUAAUAUUAAAUUUUUUUGCGUGUGGCGCCUGCUCACAACCUGAAGAUGGGACAUUUAAGGCUUUAGCUUUUGGUCUAGGUGUCUUUAUGGCCAUAACCAUUGUGGGUCAUCUUAGUGGUGGGCAUGUGAAUCCGGCUGUUACCAUAGCUAUGCUCUUGACGGGUCGUGUAAGUCUUAUUAGAAGUAUUUUCUAUAUUGUUGCCCAGUGUUUAGGAGCUGCUGUGGCUACCAGUGCUGUGAAAGCCUUUCUUGAUGAAGCCUAUCACAAUGGCUUGGGUCAUACCAAUUUAGCGGAAAACAUAUCCGAGUUACAGGGUUUAGGCAUCGAAUUCUUUUUGGGUCUGGUACUCGUCCUUACCGUUUUUGGUGCGUGUGAUGCCAAUAAACCCGACUCUCGUUACACGGCUCCCUUCGCCAUAGGCAUGUCGGUGACCUUAGGCCAUUUGGGUACCAUACGUUAUACGGGUGCCAGUAUGAAUCCCGCUCGUACUUUUGGCACCGCCUAUGCGACAAAUAAUUGGGAUUCCCAUUGGGUGUACUGGGCUGGUCCUAUUUUGGGUGGUAUUGCAGCAGCUUUAGUGUAUACUCAAAUUCUAGAAAAACCAGCAGAGAUUCCAAAACCUCCCGAGGCUUCGGAUAAAUAUCGUAUACACGCUUAUGAGAGAGAAAUGAAAAAAUUCGAAAAGGCUGGUGAUUUUGCUUAGAUAUAGAUGUAAAUGUUUUGAUUUAUUAGAGUAAUCGUUAUUGUACGUUAAGUGUAUUAUAAUUUUUGUAUAUUUUCAAGUUAUGUAAAUUUGUAAUUUUUUUUUGUAAAUCUUUAAACAAAAGUUAAAAUAAAGGUAUAAAAUUUAAAAUAUUGAA